AUGGAGGAGGAACAGGCCGAACGCCGCCCGGCAAGGACGAUGUCUAAACGCAUCGAUAGGGAGGGUGGCGGCGGCGCUAAAAAAACUAAUGCGUCCGUCGCGCGUGGCACUGGGCUGAAAAAAAUGGCGGCAAAGAAGGUCGCGCGCGGUCAAGAGAAGACCGGCAUGAAGGCGGAAGACAACGGGAAGCAACCAGGGCCACGCAAGCGUGUUUCUACAGUGAACAAAGAUGCGGAUGUUGCCUCUGCUGGCACCGUGCCUGGUCAGACUCACGACGGCACCAGUGGCGGCAACGAAGAUCCGGGGCGAGGGAGCGUGAGUCUUGCAGUCCCGUCGGCCGAGAGAGAGGGAUCGACGACAGGGGGAAACCACGGAGGCGAUCCCCGUGCCGAGCAUGCCGCAACCAAGGAGUCAGAGGCGGAGGCAUCACAACACCAUCUGACGCUGCUCCAGCCGACCGCGGUCGAAAUUUCUGCUGCCGUGCUGGAUAAGGACAAGGUGGGGGAGCACGAGUCGAUGGGGGAUCCUAAACACAGCAUCCCGACGUCGGUGGAUCUCCUCCUUCUGGUGGACGAGGGAGGCGUAGGCAAAGGAAGAGCGAUGAGGAGGACGAUUAUGAUACCGCCAUGCCCGGGGACAUCACCACGCUGGCGAAGAGGCGGCAGACGACAGGCAGUGCUGACGACGCCGGUGGCGCGGAAGUUGGGACAACGCGAGGCGCCAGUGAAGCUAGUGGCAAGGCGAUGGAUGAGAAUGAUGGCGAGGAGGACGAAGAGGAGGAGGAGGAGGAGGAGGAGGAGGAGGGCGGCGACGAUGAUGAGGAGGAGGAGGAGGAAGAUGAGGAGGAGGCUGAGGAGGAGGAGGAGGAGGAGGAGGAUGAGGAGGAGGAGGAGGAGGAGGAGGAGGAGGAGGAGGAGGAGGAGGAGGAGGAGGAAGAGCAGGGGGACGACGAGGAGGAGGAUGAGUAGGAGGAGGAGGAGGAGGAGGCAGAGGAGGAGGAGGAGGAGGAGGAAGAGGAGGAGGAGGAGGAGGAGGAGGAGGAGGAGGAGGAGGAGGUGGCGGCAGUGA